AUAUAAAAGCAUAGACUAUACUUUGGAAACAGAUAUUAUUUGGGUGCUUUUGAGUCCGAAUUCCCUUUAAAACUCGACCAAAAUUGACAGCAUUAACACAGCAAUUUCUUCAGUUCACUUGUCACAUCAAGAAUUUUAAAAUGGAUCGAUUGCUAAGACUUGGCGGCAGCGUCCCCGGCCUCUCGCAGGCCCCUCCACCGCCAAAUGACGCUCCUGUUGUUGACACCGCAGAACAGGUCUACAUCUCAUCUUUGGCUCUCUUGAAAAUGCUGAAGCACGGUCGGGCUGGAGUGCCUAUGGAGGUCAUGGGUUUGAUGCUCGGCGAGUUUGUCGAUGACUACACCGUGCGCGUCAUUGACGUUUUUGCAAUGCCUCAGACUGGAACGGGUGUGAGCGUCGAGGCUGUUGACCCCGUCUUCCAAGCAAAAAUGUUGGACAUGCUGCGACAGACUGGUCGGCCGGAAAUGGUCGUUGGAUGGUAUCACUCUCAUCCUGGGUUUGGUUGCUGGUUGUCUGGUGUUGAUAUUAACACGCAACAGAGUUUUGAGGCUCUUUCUGAGAGGGCUGUUGCUGUGGUCGUUGACCCCAUCCAGAGUGUCAAGGGAAAGGUUGUUAUCGAUGCAUUCAGGCUCAUCAACCCUAACAUGAUGGUCCUUGGACAGGAACCUAGGCAGACCACGUCAAACUUGGGACAUUUGCAGAAACCUUCUGUACAGGCACUGAUACACGGUCUCAACCGCCACUACUACAGCAUCAGUAUCAAUUACCGCAAAAAUGAACUAGAGCAGAAAAUGCUUUUGAAUCUGCACAAGAAAUCUUGGAUGGAUGGCCUCUGUCUUGCUGAUUAUUCUGAACAUUGCAAGAUCAACGAAAGCACUGUUGCUGAAAUGCUUUCUCUGGCUUCAAGUUACAAUAAGGCUGUGGAAGAGGAAGAGAAAAUGACCCCAGAGCAGUUGGCAAUCAAGAACGUAGGCAAGCAAGACCCCAAGAGGCACUUGGAAGAAAAAGUUGACGCCGUCAUGACGUCCAACAUUGUGCAGUGUCUUGGUGCAAUGCUCGACACUGUCGUUUUCAAAUAAAAACUAAUCUCCGGCGCCUGUGUGUAUUACACUUAAUUUCAUGUCCUUAAGCUGCCACCGCUGCUACCUUAUUUGAAUAAAAAAUGAUGUAUUUAUAAAAUAAUACAAAUAAAA